AUGUCGAAGCGAAAACGCGACAGUGACGAUUCUGGAGAGCCAGGAAAAGAGCCACAAUACCUCGGGUUAAAGGUGUCGGGCCUGAGGGCCAGGGUCACUCGGAGCGUCAAGAUCCUUCAGGAUGCUCUAAAGCUGGCACGAGGCUUUGAAAGACAGAAACUAGGCCGCCGCCAGAAAAAUGCAAGCGACGACCCCCAGACGUUACUGCGACUGCGAGAAGAGGUCGUCGUCCUCAAACAGCUGGAGCUCGAGCAAACGGCCAAGAAUCAACUUUUGAAGCACUUGGUUAAGACGAAACGAAUCAGGGAGCAUCCGAUAUUUAUCAAGGCCUAUGGCGAAGAUCCUCCACUGGAACACGUCAAGUCAAGCGCCGAGGCGAAUGUAAUUGGGAGAUUGUUCAAUUCGAAUCCUGUCAAACAGGUGUUACCUGGGAUUAUGGAAACGGUGUAUACCGCACUUGAGAUUCCCCAGGAUCCGAAAGUCGCUUCAAAAGGGACCAAAGAAGUGCACCGAAAAGCGACGGGUACGAGGGAGAAGUCAUUGGAGGAGGACGAGUUCAACGGCUUUUCCACCGACAGGUCUGAAAGCCCGGACGAACUCGAGGAUGAUCACAUAUUUGAACUCGCAAAGGGUCGCUUGGCGUCUUCUGAAGACGAGGAUGAGUUCGAGUCCGAUACAGGAGUCGCUGUAGACUCAGAUCUGCCGCAAAAAGGCGUCAAGCAAAUGUCUGAUACCAGACGAGAUGUUGGAGACGACGAUAUCUCUAUAUCCCCAUCCCCCAGCGAUUCAUCCGAGGGUGAAGGUGGAACCUCUCGAAUGCCACCCUCAACUGGGCCGACCACCAAAACUGCAUUUUUACCAUCCCUCAGCAUGGCAGGCUACUAUUCUGGAUCAGAAUCUGAAGAUGACGCGAACGGUUAUCGAGGCCCUGCGCAGCCCAAACCUCGGAAAAAUCGACGUGGGCAGCGUGCCCGACAACAAAUCGCGGAGCUCAAGUUCGGUAAAAAGGCCAAACACCUCGAGAAGCAGAGGGAUCAGGAGGGGAAAAACGCAGGAUGGGAUCCGAAGAGAGGUGCUGUGGAUCGCAGCGACCGCCCUCGAGGCAGAUUUCACGACAGAAAACCCAGCGAGAAGCCCACAGGGGGUCAUGCGGCGGCCCGCCCAGGUCACCCACCAAAGCCCAAGGCAAACUCGCGUGAUGAUCAAGGCUCUCUUCAUCCCUCUUGGGAAGCGGCGAAGAGGCGAAAGAUGCAGGACCAAAGCCAGGCAACCUUCCAGGGCAAGCGGAUAACCUUUGAUUGA